AUGGCAGAUGAAGUAAUCAAUGGUAAUGAGCACGUGUCUAUCUGUUUCCUGUGUCAAGACGACUUCCGGGACCCACGUCUACUUGAGUGCUACCACACGUUCUGCUUUAAAUGCAUCAAGACGUACCUCGACAUCAACAGCCGCGGAGGUAUGUACAAAUGUCCUUUGUGUAAGGUCGAAAUGAAGGUUCCUUUGCUUGGAGCCAUGGGUCUGGAAAAGAACCAUUACACCGAGUCAAAAAACUCAGAUCUGCGUGCUGGCACAAACUGUGAUAUUUGCCAGCAGAGAACGCCAAAGAUGACCCACUGCUACCAAUGUGAACAGAAUAUGUGCGAGUCAUGCGUCGCGUAUCAUGCCAGGGUGGAGUCCACUAAAGAUCAUAACACAGGGGAGAUAACCGAACCCGACCGUCCGAGAGAUCGACAUAUUGUACGCUGCUUCAUACAUAACGCCGAAAUGCAAUAUUACUGUGAGGAAUGUAAGGAACUGAUUUGUCUCGACUGUAAUAUGACGUCGCAUAAGCUUCACCCGUGCAAGGAAGUGGGUGAGGCUGCUGUGUCGUAUCGGACGGAGCUCGCCGAAGAAUUAAAGAAAGAUGAGUAUAAGAGUCACUUAAAAGAACUAUCGAAGGGUAACAAGGAGGUACAAAUAGACAAAGAGAAAGCAAUAGCUCUUUUAGAUAAACAAAAGACAGACAUUCAAAAACAUUUGGAAAUUAUACGGCUUGAGGUUAUGCAGCAAUUUAUAGACGAUGAAGAUCAAGUAUCCAAAAGUCCAAAAGGAGACGAGGAUGAAGAAACGAAAGAUGACAAGUUCAAGUCAUUUGCAGAUAUAUAUUUCCUAACCUCUCAAAUGUUAGACCAAGCAGACGAUACAGUGAUUGUGGAACACGGUGCCAAGUUGCUUGACAGUCUUCGAACGAUGAAAACAUCGGGCGAGAAUUCCAAAGCUAUGAGAAGAAAAAACAUGUCAUUUCAACCAGGAACCUUGAAUAAGGAGCUUUUACGAAGGAUGUUUGGUAAAAUAACCUUUACUGAAAAAUGA